AUGCCUUCGUUUCGCUCCGUGGCCGCCGCGGCGCUGUUGGGCCUUGGUGCCGUCGCGAAUGCUGAUUCGCUGACGUGCCAGUCCCUGGCGAGCAUGUCUAGCAUUUCCAUUGACCUGCCUCUGACUUUGGACUACACGACAGAGAACAAUGAAUACUGGUCCACUGGCUGCGCGGCCCUCAAGCCGGCCUGCAUCAUCAAGCCGGCCUCGGCGGCAGAAAUGUCGACCGUCAUCAAGACGCUGAGCCAGAACAACGAGACGUUCGCGGUGAAGUCGGGCGGCCACAACCCCAACCAGAACUUCUCGAGCAUCGACGGCGGCCCACUCAUCUCGACGGCCGAGCUGAACGAGGUCACCCUGGACAGGGACGCCAUGACGGUCCGCGUCGGCCCAGGAAACAGAUGGGAGGACGUGCACAAGGUGCUGGAUGGGACGAACACGACCAUCAUCGGCGGCCGCAUCGGCAACGUGGGCGUGGGAGGCUACAUCUUGGGCGGCGGGCUCAGUUUCCUGACGGCCGAAUACGGCUGGGCGGCCAACAACCUGGUCGAGGUCGAGCUGGUGCUGGCCAACGGCACCAUCACCACCGCCUCGGCCACCAACAACGCCGACCUCUUCAAGGCGCUCAAGGGCGGCGGCGCCAACUUCGGCGUCGUCACCACCUACACGCUCAAGGCCCACCCCAUCGGCGACGUCUGGGGCGGCAACCUCAUCUUCACCGCGUCCGACGCCACCGACAAGGCCCUCCUCGCCGCCCUCCAGAACUUCACCCAAAACUACCCCGACGAAAAGGCCGGCAUCAUCCUCACGUCCGAAAUCACCCUCACCAACCUCGUCCACAUCUGGAUCAUGUUCCUCUUCUACGACGGGCCCUCGCCGCCCGCCGGCGUCUUCGACAUGUUCACCGACCUCAACCCGGGCAUCAACAACGCCAAGACGCGCUCCUACUACGACCUCCUCUCCUACAACAACUGGGCCGUCCUCAAGGGCUCCGCCUACACCAUCGCCACCGAAACGACGCCGCUCCUCGCCCAGGACGCGUCCGACUCCGCCGUCAACACCACCCUCGCCCACCUCGAGGAGUGCUACGCCCACUGGGUCACCACCUCCAAGUCGCACGCCGCCAUCCCCGGCCUCGUCGCCUCCCUCGCCUUCCAGCCCUACCCGGCCUCCUUCGCGAGCAAGGCCCGCGCCGUCGACCCCCAAGGCGACCUCAUCGCCUUCGACGACGCCGCCGACCGCAUCAUCUUCGAGUUCGACUACUCGUACCUCCGCGGCCUGUCCGCCGUCGACGUCGCCGCCGACGAGGCCACCGUCGAGCUGUACGGCGGGAUGAAGGACAUCGUCGACGCGGCGGUGGCGGACGGCAGGGCGCCCGACGUGUAUAGGCCGCUGUUCAUGAACGACGGGUAUUUCAGGCAGGACUAUUGGGGGCGGUUGGACGCGGAGAGCAGGGCGUUGGCGGAGGGGGUGAGGGCGAGCGUGGAUCCGACCGGGUUUUGGGCGGGGAGGAGCGCGGGCGGGUUCAGGUUGUGA